AUGGUUUAUCGGAUUUUCUUCGUAAGCAUUUUGGCGCGCACAAUUAGCUCCUGCGCCGGGGCUGUGACUGCGCAGCCUCCGCCAAACGUAACAGUUCCUGCGCUUAUUAUUUUUGGGGAUUCGAUCAUGGAUACAGGCAACAACAAUGAGCUGGUAACUGUAGUGAAGUGCAAUUUUCCACCCUACGGCGUCGAUUUUCCAGGCAGGCUCCCGACAGGCCGGUUUAGCAAUGGCAAGAUACCUUCAGAUAUGAUCGCUGAAGCAUUAGGAAUUGCAGAUCAAAUCCCACCUUACCUUGAAACCAAAAAGAACUCAUAUGAUCUCACAAAGGGUGUCAGCUUUGCUUCUGCAGGAACAGGAUACGACCCGCAAACAGCUCUGUUAGCGGUAUGA